AAAUAUUGUCAAGCUCUUACAGCGUUUCCAUGGUAACCGUUGCAGACGCUAUUGCGAGUUGAGCGUGUUCAACUAGAACGUUGCAAAUUAAGAACGUUUCACGUAUUAAUGCUAAUGAGUGUUUUCUGGCCUGUCAAAGUAUUUCAUUACAUGAAGCAGAAUGGUGUAUGUGGCUGACAGCAUUGUCCCAGCAAGAUUUCUCACACUUACUGGUCAUUUGACGAUUACACUUUUAAUUUUCUGGGCCAAGGAUGAAAGCAUUAAAGUAUGUCUGCCCCCUGACCAUACACCAGAAGAUUAUGAAUACAAAAAUAAAGAGUUGACUGUAGGUCUCAGUAUUGCCCUAGGUUUGAUAGGGUUUGAGUUCCUUGGCUUUCUGUUUGGAAUAACCAUGUUCAUGCCAAUGGUGUCUAUGAUUUCUAUUUCCUGUCAUGCCAGUGCUUGUGUGCUGCUGGCCUAUUUCAUAUUUGACAAAUGGGACUGCAGAAACUACUGGUGGGUAUUUGGAACAUGCAGUGCAGUUCCUGCACUUACUGAAGCCACUGUGAUAUUUACCAUGCUAGCUUUCAGGAAACUGUGAGCUCUUGCGACAGAUACAUGAAACAAUUUGAAUGGUUCUGUAAUAAUCUUAAUAUAAGAAUCUAUGUUUACUGUUUGUACUUU